ACUGAAGGAAACGCAAGCUCCGCGAGAGAGGUUCCGGCGCUGCUUGGGCUUGGAGGAGACAGAAUGGAGACCGCGAUCGAAGAUCCGGGGCUGGACCGCGGCCCGACGCUGACCUCGUCCUGGGAUGCGGCGUGCGGGGCGCUGACCCAAAGCCUCCUCCUUACCCGGAUUGGGCCAGGUGCCCAAGACUUGAACUUCGAGCCACUGCUGGCCCCGCCAGCUCCGGGCCCUCCUGAUUUGGUGAGUCUGAAGAGCAGCUUGAGCCCCCGAGAUGAAAAUCCCUGCUUCCUUUACCUGAAGUGUGGACCUAAUGGGGGUGAAGAAAUCCUUUCUGUUGGCAUUCUGAGUUCAGCAAGAAACAUGGAAGUAUACUUAGGAGAGGAGUAUUGUGGAACCAGUCGGGGCAAGAAUGUCUGCACUGUCCUGGAUGACAGUGAACAUGAAAAGAUUCUGUUGUACAAAAAAUACCUAAAAUUGGAGUCUCCCACACAGGCUUGUAAAAUAAAGCUGCUGUCCUUCGGUGAAAAGCAGUGUGUGCUCAUCAGUAAAGUUGUGGUGCACGUGAGACCAAGGUCAGCCAGUCCUUCACCAAGUUCUUCUGCUCUAGGAUCACGGAUAGACCUCGACAGUAUCCAAACCAUAAUGGAGUCCAUGGGGUCAAAGUUAUCUCCUGGAGCUCAGCAGCUGAUGAACAUGAUUAGGUUUCAGCAGCAGAAAUGUCUUCCCAUUGGAGAUGAGCUUCAGUCGAUGUUGGGCACCACAGGAUACAAGCAUCUGAUCGCGCUGCAGUCUUCGCCUUCUUCAGGAGUCUUAGAUAAGGCGUCCUCUACACCGUUUCCUUUUAGAACUGGAUUGACACCUUCCGCCAUCUCUGAAAAUUUAAAGGCUCUUAUUGAUAAAAGCACACAGCCGCCUGGAGAAGGAAAUACCACAAACCACGAUGAGUGUCACCUUGUACCACAAAACCAUUCCCUUCUCGAAAGUGAUCUUAAAAACGCAAUGUCUUCUUUCUUACCGAAGAAGGCGAGUGGCAACUCAAACGCGCCCAACUCUGAGCUGCUGCCUUUCCUGCAGAAUUUAUGUAGUCAGGUGAACCAUCUCCGUGUGGGACAUAAUGCCAGGUGGCAAGAGAACGUCUCCAAGCCCCGAGAGAGCACUGUCGGUGUUCCGAUGGAAGAACAGCCUAUUUGCUCCUACUUGGAAAAGAUUCUUUCUAAAAACAUGGAACUGAUGGAAAAGAAGCUUAUGGACCACAUUGAUGAGAGGAUCUACCAGCUCCAGGAGCACAUAGAUGCUAAAAUGGCUUUGUUAGUGGACUUGCUGCGAAAUCCCAACUCCCCACCCCCAGGGAUGCCUCUAAGACACUAUGACUCCAGGGAAAGACUUUCCAAUGGAGAGAGAUAAGCUAUCGACAUGUACAAUUAUUGCAGAUAUUUAUUACAUAUUUAUUACAAAGCCCAAAUCCAAAAAGGUUAUGGAAAUCAAGUCUUGAAUGUCCUUUGAAGGAUCGUUGUCUUACAUGGUGACCUCAGUGCUCAUUUUCAUGGCAUUUGCUACUGUGUAUCCAGGUCUGUGCACAACAGCUGCCCUGAUGCAGUCCUAAGUUAUUUUGCUUGCCAUAGUUCAUUCUUACAGAAAUGUGUACGUGUAUUGCUCAAGUGUUUGGGAUGUGUAAGAACUUCUAAUGCAGUUCAUUAGUCUGUAUUGUAUAUUACAUAUGUUUGAAGUGAAUUUUUUAUUUAUACGGAUACCUACCUAUAAAAUAUAGUCUCAGGAGUAUGAAAAGUAAUGCUAUGAUUUUUUUCUAAUUAUUUUUGGAAAGUUGGGUACCUGAACUCUUUCAUUCAGAUUCCCAGUUUACACUUCCUGUUGUGUCUCAGAGAUGGAUAUGUGCAGAGCUCGGGCUGUCUGGGAUAGUUUACAGAGCGGGGGGGUAGCGCUGUUGUUCGUUACAGCGCCGCUGUAGAUCGCUCAUUUUCAAUCCCACUAUUUCAGGGGUGGUGCUGCAGGGAAAAUGGAAGGAAAUUCUUUUCUGGAACUGACAGUUUCUUCUCCCAGAGGCCUUUUCUAGCAUGUAUGAUGUGUGACAUUCUGAGACUCUAAAACGAGGAUUAAGAUAGAUGAAUCUAGGGGUUUGUAAUCUUCAGCAGACUGAAUUUUCAGAACUAACUUACAUCCUUUUCGGUAAUACGGCUGUACCUAAAUGCAUCUGCUCUUAAGAUCACCUGGAAGUGAAUAGAACUCUUUUUAGCUAAUUUGCUUAUAUUGUUUCUUUCUCUCUUCCUUCCUUCCUUCUUUUUCUUUUCUUUCUUCCUUUCUUUCCUUCUUUCUUUCUUUCUCUUUCUUUCCUUUCUUCCUUUCUUUCCUUCUUUCUUUUCUCUCCUUUUUUUUUUGUAAGAACAGGGAUAUUUCGUACUAAUCCAUCAUUUUGGCAAACUGUUCUUUAAAAUGCCUGUUGGUUUUGAUCACGGCAGAGGUGACAUAGCACGUAGGUCACACCACACUUUUGCUGGUCUUUGGGCUAUCGUUGGCGGGAUAGUCAUACCAUGUGCAGAUGUAAGAUGCACUUCCUGAUCCGUGAGGAGCAAUCCACUCGCUUACGGCUCCAGUCCUUGGUUUUGCAGCUUUCGGUAGUUAUGGUUCUUACAGAAUACCAUCCAUGACUUAGUAGUGCCCUCAGCCCAUAAAUCAUUAGCUGGGGCUGUCCAGGUCAGCAAGAGGGGAUGAGACCCCUAACUGAGGGCUUUGAAACCUUCUCCAUCUCAGUCUGACACACCUUUCCAGCCUCCUCUCCACUGCCAAACCCUGCAUUUUCACCUCUGGUCCUUGUGACAGAGGCACUAAUCAGGGAGCGGGAAGGGGCCAUGGGAAGCAGUUACAGAAAAGCAGGAAGUGUGAAAGAUGGAAACACAUCUCAUAAACCAUGCGAUGUCUGUCAUAGCAGCGUAACACGGACCCUGAAGAAUUACAGCGUCUCCAGGAAAUCCUGUGCUGGGGAUGAGAAGGGCCUAAGGCCACUAGAACAGAACCUGUCAGAAAAGAUGGCUCACAGUUCCGAUGAGUUAUUUCACAGCUGGGUCUACACAUGCCUGUGUAUACUUGUUUCCUGGCCUUUGUUUCUUCUUCUCUGUAGAUUGUAACACUGCUAUAGGAAAGGUAGUGAGAAAGGAACAUCUCCCCGUCCCCACGCUCCCCCGGUUCUGGUGAAAAGUGUAAACAAAACCAUUUCCCUUUUCUGUCUCUUGACUUUUUUAGUGGCUGGUAGCAGAACCUCCAGAUGCAGAUAACAGCUUGAUAUGGGAUCCAUAAACAUCAAAUUGGGCUUUGGGUUGGGAAAAAAACAAACAAACAAACCCUUUAAUUGUGGACAUCAUGCUUGGUCUUGUGCUGUGCACCCUGAUGUGACAAAGAAAAUAUUCCUAGUCAAAAUAGUUUAAAAUAUGACCACCAAGAAGAGCCUGUGCGCCAGGGCUCGGGAAGGCCUCCCUCCCUGCUGUGUGUACUUUUGCUCUGUAAUAAAACUGUCCUCUCUUUCCUCUUCUCAUCUCUGACUUCUUUAUCUGGCGGUGAUAAGAAACUGCUAACACCUAGUAGAACUAGCAGGCCUUCUCUGAGACCUUCCUGGACUUGGCCCCCAGCAGCUCUUAACUGCCCAUGGUCUCCCCGUCUACCUCUGAUGACCUUGGGAGACAUUUAAAGGUCUUCACACCAAGGAUGCGUCCCUUGUCCCGGCUGCCCUCUGCUCAUAUUAAGGACCCUUGCUCAUCUCUGUGUCUUGCUUGCGUCUCUUUGAAGCCUGAAUCUCAUUUAGUGUGGUGUUUACCGGCCAUGACUUUCCCUCCUGAACUGAUUCUCCAGCCUGUGCACCCAAAUCUUCUCUUGCAGAGGCCAGUAUUGUAGAACAGGAGGUGCUCAAGGAAAUUCUCUGUGAGAUGAACUAGAGUUUCUACAUUGCACUGUGUGUGUGUGUGUCUGUCUGUCUGUCUGUCUUUGGGUGUGUGCAGAUGUGCACGUGGAGGUCUGAGUUUAUGGGUGUUUCUCAGAUCUUGUCCCUGCUAGACUAGGCCUAAGAUGCAGAACUCACCUCCUGGUCCCACCAUGUCUGGAGCUACCUCACUGCUCUGUAUGAUUGGGGAUGAGAUAGGCUACACAGAGAAGAUUAUGCAGAGAAAAGGGAGCCUUCACUCUAAAGUGUGGUUCUAGCCUCCUUACUACCUGAAAAUAAAGAAUCCCAGGACAGUUACUACUAAUAUUUGCUCUAAAGGUUGCCUACAUACAGGCAAUAUUUCUUUGAUAUAGAAAUAUUUCCAAAAAAAAUGAAAGUUAAAAAGCUGGGCAUGAUGGUGCACACCUUUAAUCCCAGCAUUCAGAGGCUGAUCUCUGAGUUGGAGGCCAGCCUGGUCUACAUAGCAAGUUCUAGGCUAGCCAAACCUACCUACAAAGUGAGACCUUUUAUAAAAACAACAACAAAAAACAAACAAACAAACAAAAACCAAAAGAAUGUUAAGGCAGUAGUAACCAGGUUUAAGGCCUGAGUGUACAUGGCCUUGAAUAUGUAUGUCCUUAAUGUUCUCCUGAGUAUUUUCUGGGAACCCCCACUAACAAAACAGUUAACUGUUGUUCACAGUGAAGAUACCCCAAAUUCAUGCACCCCGGUGGUCUGAUGUGUUACAGUUGUAGUUUUGUCCAGCAUACCUCAGGAGUCUUCCUGUGACUGCAUUUACAUUUAACAACCCUUUCAAGAUAUAACUUUGGAAAUCAACAAAACCUUAAUCUAUGACUAUUAUAAAGAAAUGAAGGAUGCUUCUCCCUUAAUCCCACACCCACAUUUUUGGAUGUGAUUUACUUUUCCCUGAGCACUUCUCUAUUAACCUCUGUUCUUAAACUUUUUUAAUAAACCACAACUAUGCUUA